CCCUAGUGCUCCACUGUAUAAAUACCGUGCGAUGUCUGAUAUUUAGGUUGCGCUCUUAUUCCUUUCGUCGCCGCACUUCUUCUGUCGGAUUCUUCCUCGCAGUUUCUUUUUGAGGAUCAGCUAUGGGUAAAGAGAAGGUUCACAUCAACAUUGUGGUCAUUGGCCAUGUCGACUCUGGAAAGUCGACCACCACUGGUCACUUGAUCUACAAGCUUGGUGGUAUUGACAAGCGUGUCAUCGAGAGGUUCGAGAAGGAAGCUGCUGAGAUGAACAAGAGGUCCUUCAAAUAUGCCUGGGUGCUGGACAAGCUUAAGGCCGAGCGUGAGCGUGGUAUUACCAUUGACAUUGCCCUCUGGAAAUUUGAGACCACCAAGUAUUACUGCACCGUCAUUGAUGCUCCUGGACACCGUGACUUUAUCAAGAACAUGAUCACGGGGACUUCCCAGGCUGACUGUGCUGUCCUUAUCAUCGAUUCCACCACUGGUGGUUUUGAGGCCGGUAUCUCCAAGGAUGGUCAGACCCGUGAGCACGCUUUGCUUGCGUUCACCCUCGGUGUCAAACAAAUGAUUUGCUGCUGCAACAAGAUGGAUGCUACCACCCCCAAGUACUCCAAGGCUAGGUAUGAUGAAAUUAUUAAGGAAGUAGCUUCCUACCUGAAGAAGGUUGGUUACAACCCUGACAAGAUCCCGUUCGUUCCCAUCUCUGGUUUUGAGGGUGACAACAUGAUCGAGAGAUCCACCAACCUCGACUGGUACAAGGGACCCACCCUCCUUGAGGCUCUUGACCAGAUCAAUGAGCCCAAGAGGCCAUCAGACAAACCUCUCCGUCUCCCUCUUCAAGAUGUCUACAAGAUCGGUGGUAUCGGAACUGUCCCUGUGGGUCGUGUCGAGACCGGUGUAAUCAAGCCUGGUAUGUUAGUGACCUUUGCUCCCUCUGGACUAACCACUGAGGUUAAGUCCGUCGAGAUGCACCACGAGGCUCUCCUGGAGGCUCUCCCUGGUGACAAUGUCGGAUUCAACGUCAAAAAUGUCGCUGUCAAGGAUCUCAAGCGUGGAUAUGUCGCAUCAAACUCGAAGGACGACCCGGCCAAGGAAGCAGCCAGUUUCACCUCCCAAGUCAUCAUCAUGAACCACCCUGGUCAGAUUGGAAACGGUUAUGCACCGGUUCUCGACUGCCACACCUCCCACAUUGCCGUGAAAUUUGCCGAGCUGUUGACCAAGAUUGACAGGCGUUCGGGGAAGGAGCUGGAGAAAGAGCCGAAGUUUUUGAAGAACGGAGAUGCCGGGAUGGUGAAGAUGGUUCCGACAAAGCCGAUGGUGGUGGAGACAUUCUCGGAGUAUCCUCCUCUUGGGCGGUUUGCGGUGAGGGACAUGAGGCAGACGGUGGCUGUGGGAGUCAUCAAGAGUGUCGAGAAGAAGGACCCCACCGGUGCCAAGGUGACAAAGGCCGCUGCCAAGAAGGGUGCCAAAUGAGACUGAUGAUCUCUCGUCUCCUUUUAUUAUUUUUGGUUUGCUUUCCAGUUUUAAUGGUUUCAGGUGUUUUGCGACUUCUGUGAACAAUUUACAUUUUUAUUAGUUGCAUUUUCGGACCUUUGCGUCUAUUUGGUUUAA